AUGAUAAAAUUAUGCUUGAAAUUCACCAGCUUGGAAUAUCACAAAUCAUUGCGCGUUGGUCGGCACCCUUUCCACACAAUAGGGCAGCGGCAGUUUGCGCCAAUAAGGCGCACCCCCCCAACCCCGGCGCACCCCACGCGCGGAGCCCCACAAAGCACGGUUCUUGAGUCGCCCACGUUUAUUAUUGCCAUGAAUUCCCCAAGCAUCCUGUCAGCCAAAGCCCCGCUAUUACGGCUAGGCUUCUUCCCGGGUGAUCCCGCCCCGGUUGCCCAGCGCGGCGGCUGGGGGGCCAUGGCCGCCACCGCACGGCAGGGGCCAAAUGUGGCGGCAUCCUGGGCAAAGCAAUACUUUCCAGAAGUUAAUUCGACGAAGACGAAGUACGCUUUCUUCGUGGCCGAAAAUGCAAACCCCCUUCUUUUCGCUCACAAUGGCACGCCAUUCGCCAUGGAACGGCCCCCGACGCUGCUGGAAAUCACAUUCUAG